AUGUCGAAUCCUACGCCGGCCCAAGAGGAGUUUGCUGCCUUUCUCGACAAGAAUAACCGCUCCGAUCUUGACGGAAUUCACCCCGAGGACCGCGACGCUGCUAGAGAGUCUGACGACGAACGAAGCGAGGACGAGGAAGACCGCUACCGGGAAUCACAGAUCGACGCCGCCAUGCGGAUGCCCACCAGGGAUUCACAAUCAGAGAUCAGGCUGCCCCCAGCCGAAUUUGACAGAGGUCGCUCCACCGGCGUGAAGGGCGUCAUUGCUGACGCCAGGUCGUACGAGACUGCCCGACAGUCGAAAUGGAAGGAGAGAGCGCGGGCCGCCCGCCGCAGCGUGUUCGGCCUGGACAGCGGCCGCCAAACUCGGAGCAGCGAGCCAGAUAGCGACGGCAGCGGCGCCGAGGACCCCAACGAGGCCGCUUUUCUUGAACAAUGGCGCGAGAGCCGGAGGCGUGAGCUCGAAGCGGAAAGCAGAAACCCCGUCCGGAAUCGGAGGACAAGCCCGAGCAUCAGGCUCUAUGGACGGUUCGACCAUGUCGAUGCACUCGGCUACCUCGACGCGAUAGAGAAGGUCGGGAGGGAGACCGUAGUCGUCGUGUUUGUUUACGACCACGAGUGCGACGUAUCCGCAGCCAUCGAGUCUGCGCUCGUCCCUCUAGUCAGCACCUACCGCGCCGUCCACUUUGUUAAAGUGCAUUACGAGGAUGUCGAGUUCGACAAUGCCGGCGUACCAGCGAUUCUUGCAUACCGAAACCAAGGCGAUCUAUUCGCCAACCUAACCGGUAUUCUGGAGAUGAUCCCCGACGAUACCGAUUUUGACACAGACUCCCUCAAAAAGCUCUUCGUCAAGGAGGGUAUCCUGUAA